AUGGCCGUCGACGACAGCACCGCCCUCUCCAUCGCCGAGCUGGCAAUCUACACGGUCCUCGUCCCGAUGACAUUCUACCUAUUCUUCCGGCACGGCAUUCGCUCAACCCUGGGCUACAUGUACCUUUUCGCCUUUGAAACCCUCCGGCUCGUCUCGGCGGGUCUCCAGAUCAGCGCACACUCUCAGCACAAGACCUCUUCGGCAACCGGAUCGAUUAUAGCCUCCGUCGGCUUGAGUCCUCUGAUCCUCGCGCUCUCAGGCUUCAUCUACGAACUGUCCAGUUAUAGCUACUACUACUACGACGCCGACGCCGACGCCGCACCGGAAAGAGGGAAUGCCUACCACCGCCAUCGUCGCCUCCUCAUCGUCCAAGAAGUCCUCGUGCACCUAGGCGCAUACACUGGCAUUGCACUUGCGGCAUCCGGUGCGUCGAAACUUGCAAAGUCCUCGUUCUAUUCUUCUUCCACUUCCUCUUCCUCGUCGUCCUCGUCUGUCACCACCACCACCUCGGCCUCUGAUAUUGAGCACGCCCACACCCUCCAGGAGACCGGUACUAUCCUGAUCCUCGUCACCUGGAUUGGACAAGUUUACUUGUGUGCUCGCCUUUGCGUGACGCGGGGUGUCCUCACCCCUGUGUCCGUGUCGUUGGGCGUGGCGUGUAUCUUCGUCGGUGUGCGGUGUGUCUACGGCGUGGUCUACGCAUUCGAUCAUAGCCGCUCUUCACCCGUCAACCCCGUCACGGGCAGUUUCGCAGUCAAGGUCACCUUGGUGGUUUUGGUCCAGCUUGUCGUCGUUGUGGCUUUGUUGGUCGUCGGCUUUCUGACAAGGGAUAUCGCGAGGGAUCACGGAGUGAAGAGGAGAUGGUGGAGGAGAGGAGGACGAGGAGGAUGGUACACGACCACUUCGAGUGGUGGGCCUGUGGAGAUUGAUCGGGGGAGUGCUAUUCCUCUACGAUCGCCGAAGUGA